GACGUCCACGCCCCUUCCCUGCGGCUGGGAGGUUGACGAAGCUCAGCUCCAUCGCCAGAGCCAUAGAAAGUCCCCCGGCUUUUACUUCUAGCCGAGUGGGAGUGUGACCUCGUCGGCGCUUUCACCGCCUUCUUUCUCAGGCCUCGCCCCCUUUUACGCUGGCAGCUGUGAAACUCCGGAGCCUGGAUUACGGCUACCGAGUCUGCUGAGCGGCUCGGCGCGGCGCAGUGCGCAGGCGCGAGCGGUUGGGUCCAGACGCGGGGCGCUCGGUUGAAGCGGGAGUGAGUUUCCUGGGCGCCGAGACCGGCAGCGGGCGAGCGAGUGAGCGAGUGACCGAGCUUUGCCGCCAUGGCAGCCCUGCGCUACUCGGGCCUGGACGACACGGACAGCGAGGACGAGCUGCCCCCGUGCUGGGAGCAGAGAACCACCAAGGACGGCUGGGUUUACUAUGCCAAUCACACUGAGGAGAAGACUCAGUGGGAACAUCCGAAAACGGGAAAAAGAAAACGAAUAGCAGGAGAUUUGCCGUAUGGAUGGGAACAAGAAACUGAUGAGAACGGGCAGGUGUUUUUUGUCGACCAUAUAAACAAAAGAACUACCUAUUUGGACCCGAGACUGGCCUUUACUGUGGAUGAAAAUCCUACAAGGCCCACCACCAGACAAAGAUAUGAUGCCAGCACUACCGCCAUGGAAAUACUCCAGGGCCGGGAUUUCACUGGCAAAGUGGUCGUGGUGACUGGAGCUAAUUCAGGAAUAGGGUUUGAAACUGCCAAGUCUUUUGCCCUCCAUGGUGCACACGUGAUCCUGGCCUGCAGGAAUAUGACAAGAGCCAAUGAAGCUGUGUCACGCAUUUUAGGAGAAUGGCGUAAAGCCAAGGUAGAAGCAAUGACCCUGGACCUUGCUCUGCUCCGUAGCGUGCAGCAUUUUGCUCAAGCGUUCAAGGCCAAGAAUGUGUCUCUUCAUGUGCUUGUGUGCAACGCAGCAGCUUUUGCUCUACCCUGGAGCCUCACAAAAGAUGGCCUGGAGACCACCUUCCAGGUGAACCACCUGGGGCACUUCUUCCUCGUCCAGCUCCUCCAGGAUGUCUUGUGCUGCUCAGCCCCUGCCAGGGUCGUUGUGGUCUCCUCGGAGUCCCAUAGAUUUACCGAUAUUAACGAUUCCUCGGGAAAACUAGACUUUAGCCGACUUUCUCCAUCUAAAAGUGACUACUGGGCCAUGCUGGCUUACAACCGGUCCAAACUGUGCAACAUUCUCUUCUCCAAUGAGCUCCAUCGUCGCCUCUCUCCGCGUGGGGUCACGUCGAAUGCGGUGCAUCCUGGAAAUAUGAUGUACUCCUCCAUUCAUCGCAACUGGUGGGUGUACACACUGCUGUUUACCUUGGCCAGGCCUUUCACCAAGUCCAUGUGCUGAUUGUGAUCCAGUUUCACCACCCACUACUGGCUUCAUCACUCAGUGUAUCACGGUCUAUCCUUUGAAAAUUGCUGCUCUAGAACUGCCCGAUCUGCUCCCAUCUGAUGAACGUUCACUGAGUGCCUCAGGUGCUGACUUAACGGGUAGAAAAUGCAAAAGUGAGUAAGUCAUUAUCCUUGGCCUUUGGGCACUUGCGUUAAAAGGGACAGAGAUAUACAAAAUGCUAGAGUGAGGUGAGGUAGGGACCACUGGGCACAUGCUUUUCUGUCUUGGAGGUAGAUACAAGCGUAGUUAGAUGAAGUUGUGGAACAGAACUGACAUCUUUACUGAGCCUUGAAGGAUUUGUGGGAGGUGAACAUGGAGACAAAAAAAGGAGAAAAUUUAGGUAGACUUUGCAGCAAUGGUAGGGCUAGGAUUAGGGACAAAAUUAAGAGGGGGUGCUAAAAAACUCAGUAAUCAAGAUAAAUAAGAUUUUAAUACAAUGUUUCAGAAAAUCAAAAUUAAUGCCAAAAUAUCUUGAUGAACAAAAUUUCAAAUUUUAAAUCAAAAUAGGAUGAGUGUUAUAGCAAAGGCUCAAGUAAUGCACGUGGAUUUGUGGUGAGCCUCGCAGGAGGUGAAGACAAACGAGUCCACUGGGGGCCUGGCUAAGGAUGCAGGAUCGUAUGAUCUCAUAUUAAAAUUGAUGAUGAUGAUACAAAAAAAUCUAACAUUUAUUGAGCUGCUGCUAUAUGCCAGGACCUGUGCUGUGUACCUUAUCUAUGUCUCUCAUUGAUUCUUUGAGAGUGGUAUUCCCUGUUAUUAUGGAGGUAGCUUGGCGGGAAUAAAUAACCUGCUCCAGGCCAUAUAACUAAAAGACAGUGGGGUGGAGUGAAGCGCCCAAGCUCUAAAUUCCUACUACCCGUGGCCUCUGUUGGCUCCAAGUUAUGUCUGGGCUUCAGAGAGGCCAUUUUUGUGGCAGCAGGAAAGUGAAGAGAUUUUUAGCACAGAGACCAGUAGAGAGGCUGAAAGAGUUGGCCUUUUAGAAAUUUCGUCGGCCUGUACAAAGACAGUUUGGGGGCCAGGAGGCAAGAGAAAUGAUGCUCCAGAUAUUGCAGAAGUAGAAGUAGAAACAACUUUUGAUGUGUUAACUGAAUAUGGGAGAUAAACGGGCAAGAAUACGUUCAUUUGUGGGUGAAUUUGUUGACAUGUCCAUAUAUACAUGCGUGCAUAAACAAACAAACAAGUAAAGGAAAAUAUCUGAAGUUAAGUUUUAUUUAGUGCAUAGCAAAUUAUUAUCCUGUCUUUUCUUUUUUAAAGCAGGAGCAUUAAAUUCUUGCCUUAGGGAUAUCUGUUAGAGGUGAUAUGGGACUAUAUUUUAACAUAAUUUAAAGAAUUUUUCCUUCAGAUAGGUAUGUUGUUCAUUUUUAUAAGUAAUUACUAGAAUUGUGAAUCUGUAGCAUCUCAGAAACAUCUUAAUAUAUCUUUUUGUUGAUGACACUGAAUGAAUGAUGUAAGAUAGAUUCUGAGAAGAGAAUAUUUAGAAUAUCCACGUGUCACUUCUAUAAUAUGUAUAAAAAUUAUCAUGCCUAUUCAUUAUUUAAAUAGCUGUGGCCUUUUAGUGAAUACCAACAUUAACAAACCAUGUUAACCUGAUUGAAAAUAUGUAAUGAAGUUUGCAAUGCCGUCUGAUGACAGAACUAUCAAAUUAGCGCACACAGCAUUGACUGAUCAUCCUUAUAAAGAGCUACUUGCAUUGUGAACAGGGAAGAUGCACAUCCCCAUGUGGGCUGGCAGCAUUUCUGCAAGCACUGUCUUGAACGAGGCCACUGGAAGGAUGGUUUAUUCGACGCUGAAGUGUCAUACAAUGUGUGCCCAUCCUACGAUUGUAAUCUGCUGUGCACUUAGGGGAGGUGGCAUAUGUUCAGACAGACUGGUAAUGUUCUCUCUGGCUGUGUGUCUGUCUGCCCCUUUUUGUUUGUUUUGUUACUGUUGUCAUCAUUAAAGGCCUUUCCAGGGCCUUCCUCAGAUCUCAGAUGACGGCUCUUCCAAAGCAGGAUUAUCCAGGGGUAGCAAAAGCUCUCCUAUAAAUUUGCCAUUUCACCACUUUGAAUAAAAUGGCAAAACGCUUUUUCAUUCAGUCCAGGUUUGCUGUUUGUUCUCUUGGUUCUUUCAAAGUAAUGACUAACUACAGGUCUUUCUUAGGGUACAGAGCUUCACUCUACAAACGUCGCUUCAUGACUUGCACAUUUGUUCUGAGUGAGUGAGAGUGAAUUCCACCAAAUUAGUGGAUGAAAAUAUAAAACCUGUUUUUUUUUUUUUUGAAGUCACAUUUUUUUUUUUCUCCCACAUACUAACCUUUCUUUUGGGAAAUCUUAAUAGCCCUUCUUACAAGACUCUCUGCUUUUAUAACUUUCAUGGGAUCACAGAGGGUACAUAUAAACGGAAUGUGAACUUAGCAGCUUUCACUGGACUCAGGAACCUUCUUGACUCCAUGCUGGAGGUCACAUUCCCUUGUUUCCAGAUGAGGAAACUGAGGAAUCCCCCAGAGAUGAAGGGUGCCCUGCUUGAUCUUGUCAAACUUGGUCUACAGACUCUGUUUCAGUAUUUGUUUUACCUUCUCCCAUUACCUAUCAAUUCGUUAUUUUGUUUAAUUGGUAUAGCAUUGUUUGACUUAAACUUUUUUAAAGUUUUUUAUCUUACAAAUAUAGCAUAUAUGGUCAUUUAAAAUUAUAUUAUUCAGCAUUUGAAAAAUAAACAGAAUGUAAACCACCUAAUAUUUUAGAAUUAAUAAAAGAAGGACUGUGACAUUAAAAAAUGUAUAUGUCUAGCUAUAUUUAUAUAUGUAUACAUACCCAGGAAUACAUAUAUAAACUCACGUGAAUACUGGCAGAUACUGAUAGGUGGUGCUAUGUUUCACCUGUGUGUAGGCUCAGGGUGGAAUUAGUUUGUAGAAUAUGAAAAAAUAAAGUGAUGGAAUGAUUAGUACAUCCUUAUGAGGUCCAGCGAGGAAAAAAGCCUUAAUUUCCAACAAUUUCCAUUCCCUGUCUCACCUCAGUAUUUAAUUUACUUCACUUACAUGACUACUUGAAGUUUUCCCAGGUCAGUCACUCCUGUUAAUUAUAACCUAGAGGGAUGAUAUUAGUCAACUGAUGGAUUACAGUAUCCAAAUGGAGCCAGCAGAUGACUUUGGACGAACUGAUUCCCAAGCAGUAGGAUGAAUGGAGGCGUCCCUUAGCGGUCUCAGGCGGCCAGUUUGUCAUAAGCUUAGAGAUGAUCUAGGAUAAGCCCAUUAGUUUAGAGAUUAAGAAACUGAACCCUGAAAUGUCAAGAGACCGUUUCAAGUUCACACCGAAAGACGGUUUUCACUGCACUAUGAGACUUCCACCUAUUUCAUGUUUUAGCUGACGUGACAUCUCUAGUCUUUUGAAUGAAUACAUAUUUCUUGCAUAACUGGAUAUUUCGAAGCUGUCUAGCAGUUAAGCAUUGUGUUACACUUCAGUUAGUUGGCAAUCUGUGUCUCCUGAGGGGAAGGGGCCAUGAUGUUCCAGGAUUUCAUCUUUCAUCAUGAGAAGCAACUUCCUACUCUUCUUCCUCUUCAUCUUCUUCCUUUUCUCCAGCCAUUGAGGUCAUGUGUGAUAUCUACCAUUUCACUUAGUUUUGCUUUUCUUCACAUUUUCUUUGAAAUAUGAGCAUGCAAGUAUUUAUGGUGCAUGGUUUAACUGGAAGCUAUCAGGCAUCAAUGGCUUUUUAUGGGGCAAAAUUUACUUUCUGCACUUGUCUGUGCCAUUUUUACAGACUGCUGAUACUCGCCAAUGGAUAUUCUUGGAAAUCAUCUUCUAGUUUAAAUGCAGUUAAGUAUUUAAAAAUAAUAUCAGUGACUUAUUUGCAUUUUCACUCAGCCAGAAGGCCUACUUGAUGUUACAAAUGAAAAAUUGCAAGACAAUUUUAAAAUCCCAAGAAACUGUAUGUAAUAGAAUAAUGAAUGACUUUCUCCUAACCCAUUGCUCCAUGACAAGGCUCCUCUAAACUGACUUCGGAACAUCUCAGAACCGUCUUUGAUGAGCUUGCCCUCAUUUUGCCUUUUUUAUUAAUUAAUUAUCCCAAAGUCUAGCUGCGUAGUAACUGGAAUGCUUCUUUGUUGCCUAUAGAGAUUGACAUUGUUCAGUUCUAGAAGCCAUUUCAUUUUGAUUCUUUACCUCUCGGUUUCAGUAAUUUCUGUUUAUCCAGGACAAAGAGCCACAGCUCCUGAGCUUCUAACCAGGGUGGGUUCUGAAGCUCUAUGGGGGUGUGUGUGGGUGAUAGAGCUUGGAAUGUCACAGGUAGAUUUGCCAUCAUAGGAGACAUCUGCUUGCCUUGUAUACGUAUUUUUAUUGACAUACACAGUUAGGAAAAUUCAAGAAAGCAAAGUUUAAAGAAUAUUUUGAGAGACAGAGAAAUACCUAAUUGUUUCUCUUUAUGUAAAUCCAAAGUAAUUUUCUCUCAGAAGAGGACUAAACAGACACUUUGGCUCUCUCUUCUCUCUCUGAAUUAAUCAAGUGUGUUUGCUGCCUUUACUCACUCAGCUGGAAACCACUGGCUUGCAGGACUCCAGGCUCCUGCGAUGUGCCAAGAGGUAAACACAGGGACCCCCGAGUAUGGAGAUGACACAGAAUAUUCAUAAAGUCAGGCUGCUCGCUUCCCAGGAAGGUAACCCUGCAGCAAGCUGUGUUUCUCUAGUGUCUGUAAAACCCGGUCCACACAGCAGCUCUAUCUGUGGGUGAUGGGGAUUUUGCUGAUGGUUUUAAAAUCAGGGCUAGUUUAUUAUUAUUACUAUUUUUAGGAUCUUUUAGUAUACACUUUUAUGAGUGGUAUUAAACCACAGUGUUUUCAGCAGGAAUGAAGUUGAAUGCCAUCAUUUUCCUGGAUGUCACUUUGCUCCCUUGACUUUAACUUCUUUGCUAUCACUUAGCACAUUCAUUGUGUCUUUUUAUAAGAAUUCAUCCUUACUUUUCAGUUAUGGAGCUGGGUUGGGGGUGGGAUCUACUUGCAACAAUGUAGAAAUGGAAAUGCAUGUCACACAGGUGUGGUGUCAGUUAGUUACCUUAGAAAGUAAAAGCCACCCAUUUAUUCUCAAGGUAGCAUUUGAAGUCUUCUGUAUGUCUUUAAGAAGCUGGCUUAGGAGGGAAGCAAUGAGUAACAAACAUCAUUUUCGUGUUUUUCAAUAGGUUCUGGGUAAUCAGCUUGUAAACAUGCAUCUAAAUGCACUCUAUUAACUUAUAAUAAGGCUUAUUCGUUCCCAUAUUUGAAUUGACUCUUAAGUGUGGGCGACAAUAUCAGAUAGAUUAAGACGUUCUUGGAAUACUCUGAUUCCCAGAGAGUUCACGUGGCUUUUCAUUGAAAUCGUAUUGAAAACCACAACUAUGUUUUAGGAUGGUCCUGUCUCUAGUGUUCUCAUUUGAGCGUCCUUUGGAUUAUUUUCAGAGUUACUUGGGUGCUACUCAAGGAGGGUAGAGAAGAAGCAUUUGUUGAGUGCCAGGCAAUAGGGCAGGUAUUUUUUAUAUGUUGUUUUACUUACUUUACUUCCCACAGGACCUAUUGAGUUUUGAGUAUUAUGCCCCCUUUACAGAUGAGGAAAUCAAGGCCUUGAGUGACUUGCUUCAGUCAUACAGCUAAUAAGAGGCUGAGCUGAGUAUCUGACUCACACGUGUGUCCCCUCCCCAUUGCAGCUUACUGCUUCUGUAAGUGUGUGCUCCUAUACAUGUCAAGGCUGCUGGGGACUCUGUCACUGAUCCCAGGGCUAAGCAUGGUUUUGUGGGACUGGCGUUGUGAGUCAAGCAUAAUAUUACUGCGAAAGGAGCUGGCCUGUCCCUCCGUUGUUUGGGAACCUCUGUGGUCAGGAGUAGGAUGGGGACACUUUGUAAGGCUGGGUCCAGUCCUGCCCUUUGAGACAUGUGACCUGAGGCCUGGAAGGAGUCAAGGACUGUAGCGUAUUAGUACACUGCCAUUUAACAUUCCUGAUUGCAGUGGGCCAGUUUGUGCUCUGUAUUUUCCUUCAUGUUUUCAAUUUAAUAAGCCAUCUUUCAGUGAAUUCUUUCUACGGCCUUCUCUCUCCUUUCCUCCUUAAAUACUAGUGCUUCCAGUGCACAGAUUUCUCCAGCCCUUACAGAGCAUAGGGCGGGGAUCAAUCUGGACUAGCCGUUCUGAAGCUGCUUGCUCCUUUUGUAGAGCGCAGCCUGAAUAACUCAGAUUUGCGAUUUGUAAGAGAGAAAACUGCCAUGGCAUAUGGCAGACAUGUCCAGUGACCUGCUACAUCCCUGCCUUUGAAGACCAAAGAGUAGAUUUGACCCAUUUUAAAAUAUGAACUGUUAUAUAUUGUGAACCAAUCCAGGUGACCUAGCAAAGAUCGGACCUACAAGGUGGAGUGAUCCUUGAGCAAGUCAAUAUUAAUUAUUAAACUGAUGCUUUAUUUGAGUUGAGUUUUUAAUUUGUUCUGUUAUAUUAGGAAGCCUCACUUGCAUCUCACUGCAAGAGUAGAAGUGUUUUCCUUGGAGAAUAAUGCUGAUGCCAGAUAUCAGUAAGGAUGUGGAUGUUGCUAAUCUCAUUUAUCAAAUUCUCGCCACAGAUGCAAUCCAUGCUACAGCCUGAGUUUCAUACUUCACUAGUGGGCAUCCGGCACAGCACUGGUGGUCCUCAAACUAGCUGAUCGUUACUAUGUUGCCUUCAUGUGAGUGUGGUGCUACCACAAAUGUGCAGAAUUCCAUGUUUGAUAUAUUUUUUAAAAACCUGAUAAAAUGACGUGAGUGCCUAUUUCACAAUCCAUGAAAACUUUUACUUUCACAAAUACUUCUUUUAAAUCAGAGAGCUCACCUACCAAAUUCUGGUUUCUCCUGGGUGUCCUCUAUUUUACCACAGGCCCUCCUAGCAUCUGAGUCACCACCCACUGCUCUUGCAUUAUCAUUUACUCAAAUGAGGAACUAAUUAGAAAGGCCAGAAAGCGGGGGAAGAAAAGUGGCAAUGUAUUUGGGGAAGGUAGAGAAUUCUGGGCCUAAGAAACCCAUCCAGACAAGCCAAAUGUGUGUGUAGUUGGGACUCGAGAUCUCAUUUUCUGAAAGGAGAAAUAAAGACAAGCCCAACAGGGCCCUUUGCAAGGAUCCCCACAUGGGUAUGGCUAACCCACUGACGGGCCAGGCAGCCCGGAGCAGCUGUUAUUUCAGCACAAAGCUGUUUUCAAAAUCAGAGCCGUUCAGUCCAAAAUCCCUUACAGGUCAUGCCUGAAUACCUCCAAUGUGCCCCACGUAAAAAUACACUGCGAAGAGAUUGGACAUGCCCUGUGAAUUAUACCUUAUUUAUUAUCGUGAAGCCCUCCCUUUUUCCGUCAUGCUUUAGAAUUAUGGGCUGGAGCGGUUCUUAAUACUCUAUUUAUUUUAGGGGAGGAAAAUGUUUUUCUUUAACCACAACAUUCAUGCAAUACCAACUGCUGGCAGUUUCCCCAGCAUUUAAGGAAAUAUUGUUGUAAGGCUUUUAUGUUCUGUACUUCAAUCAGCCAAAGCCAGCAGUCUCCCAAUAGAAGGACCCUCAACAGACCAUUUUCCGCAUUUUGCUACAAUUAAACUCCUCUGGUUUUAGCCCUCAGGCAAUUUAGUACCUUUUUACAUAUGCACAUUAUGAACUUCUGACCAGGGUCUAGCAGUCAUAUAUUAGAGUCCCGCUCUUGAAAGCAGGCUUAACAAGUUCCUCUGAGUAUUGCAGUUGGAGCCAGUUGUGGAAAAGGUAAUUUAAGCAACUUGCAGCGAGGCCAUUCAGAAUCUCAGCGAUGAUCCUAAAUAUCUCUCUCUCUUGCUCACUCUCCUUUUUUUUUUUUUUUUUUUUGCCUUGUUUCCUCUGGAAGCUGGUAGCAAGAGCUUUCAAAGUGUGUGAUUGAUCUUUUAUUCAGUAGCUAACGAGGGCUGUGAUUCUAUUAGUGCGCUACAAGGCAAGAGAACAGUGAUUUAAUGAAGUGUCUAGUGAGCUGGCCAUAGAUUUAUCCUGUUGUCGCUAAUUUGCAGUGCCGGGGCGAGCGUAAAGGAAAGUGUACUCACACUGCUAUUAAGCAGGUAUUUCCUUAGUAAAUUGUUGUAAGGUCAGGUACAGUUAUCUCAGCAGAGGCGAUGCCUUACCUCUUCAGUGUCUGCAGAUGACAGCCGCCGUGCUGAGCGCUCACUGAAGUGGAACUGGGAGAUCAGAGGUCCGUCUCCAAGUCGCCCUGAGCAGAGGCAGGAGCAGAUGAACUGCCAAGUAGGAGUAAUAGAGUCAUAAUUGGUGAUUAGAACUGGAAAGGUGCAAUAACAUCUUAAUACAAACUGGCGUAUGUUAUAGUUACUGUCAGUUGUUGUAAACUCGCCCUGCCGCCUGGACUAGUUCCGUUUCCCCUGAUUAGCUCUGGGAAACGAGGCUGCGGGCACGGGGACACUCAUACCGAGAACAUCCAAACCAUGGCUGCUUCCCGGGGUCUUGCCCUGGCCCUGCUGUUUUUCUUGGGCACCAGCACUUGCCCUCCUCGGAAGGCACCAUGGUAACCUUUUCCCACCGCCCUGGGAGAACCGUGAUUUCAUAAAUGUCCUCUGAUCUCUCCCCUCUUUCCAGGCGCCCUGACAUUUAUGCACGCUGGCUUUGAGGCUCGUUGAACUUUUGUUUUAUUUGCCUUUGCAAAGGGAAGGUAUUUGCCUCAUGUCAAAUCCAUAUCCCACUGCAAUUCUGUGUUCACAGUAACGGAUUUGGUCUUGCUCUGCCAGAAAGAAAACAUGAAAGAAAAUAAAUACGUGGCACUGGGGAAUUUUGCAUUUGAGAUUGGCGUUUUUCUGGAUGCACGGGGAUAUUUCAAGUGCAACGCCCAUGUCUGAGGUGCCCUUGCAGGUGUGUGUGUAGGUGGUGUCCAUUCAUGGGGAAGGCUAAUUGAAGAAAUUCUUAAAAGACGCUUAAUGAAAUGCCAGGCUGGCUAAAAGGGCAACCCUUGAAAAACAAGGUGUCCAGCUGCAAAUGUAUACAUGGCCGGAGACUUUUCUAGGCUCUGCAGCAUAAUUAUUCUAUGAAUUCAUAAAGGAAGAAGCUAUGUAGUGUUGUCCAGACAUGCUGAGCGGCUGUCGCUAUUGAUAAACAGAGGUGACUGGUCAUUUGCAUUGUUUGAGUGGAGUAAGGCUUGCACGAUGACUUGAGCCAACAAUGAGAUGAAAUAAUGAGACAAUGUGCAUGGAUGCAUUUUAGUAAUCUGGUACCUAGUAGGUUCUCAAUUCAUCUUUUUUGAUUCUGUGGUUGUAGAAUCUGUUGGGCGAAGCCUUGUCAUUGGGUUCUCACCCUGGUCUGUAAAACUUGGGCAGUUCUAACACUUGCUUCACCCCAGGGCCCAUGUGUGUUACAUCAGUUAGGGUUUAUGGUCAAGUGAAGAGCUUAAAGGAGCGUGUAACGGGGCCCAGUUUGCAGAGGGUCACCUGGCUAUUAAAAAGGAUGAGUCAGACCUCCCGAUUUUCCAGUAUGGGCCUUGGGCCUCAGGACAGACAUGUUCAAUUUGUAGUGGUGGUGGAGCUGCCAUUUCUUCAAGGGGAUCUCCCUCCCAUGGAACUCAAAUAUCCGCUUGUGGGUCUGGAGAUCAGAACCUAGCAUGCACAGGCAGUGGCCUGUUGUGGAGUAGAUGGAGCUGAUCAGAGUACCCCUGCCUCACUGAGGGCCUGGCAGGGGGCUGGGAAUGGCUCUGACUGAUCUUUCAGAAGGAUGUGGCAUAAGGAAUGCUGAUGUGUAAGGCUCAUUACAGAGCAUUGUGGCCAAGGGGCACACUGGUAAUUUAAUACUAAACAGAAUGGAAAGGAGGGAAGAAAGGAAAGAAAGAAAAAAGGAGGGAAGAAGUUGGAGGGGUAGACAGAGAGGAGGUGGAGUGAGAGAAGGAGGGUCGAAGAGAGCAAGGGGGCUGGGGAGCAAGCUAGAAAGGUAGGGAUUAAAGAGCUAAUUGAGAGCAUAGCAAAAAGUCCACGCUCGCUGUUUCCUGUGGUCCACACAGAGCAACUCCACCCAGUGACAAGAGGAAUCAUAGUGCCCGGUGACUAGAAUUGAUUCAGUGCUUACUGUGUGCCCAUAUCUCAUUUAAUUGCCAUAGUAAUCCCCAUUUUCUAGAUGAUAAAGCUGAGUUUAAAGAUCACAUCAGAAACAAAGGCAGGCUUGGAACCCAGAUCUGUCAGUACUCCCCCCUCUAUCUGUGAAUACAGAAGCUCUGCCCCAUUCUUCCUGGGGAGGCCUGGCAUUUCUCUAAAGGUCUGACAACGGCUGCCCCUCCCGGUCAUUUCUGUCUGGGUCCCCAUUCAGUCCCCUUGUUGGACAAAUGGACAUUGCACUCUCCAUUCUGAUUUGAGGACACAUUGUUGGACCUUCAGUAAGGAAAAUCAGGGAAAGGAGAAGUGGAAUUAUAAAAAUUCUCAUUUCUAAAGUGGAUGAAUAAUCUGGGUUGGAAAUCAUACUGAUUUAGGUCUAAAAACCACUCAGCCUACCGUGUCAUUUCCUUAAGUGGCCUUGAGGGAAGAUUUGUUAAAGAACUGUCUGUUUUAUCCCAUGACUCCAAGCUCAGAGGUUGGGACAAUAUCCCUGAAUAAUGUGCCUUUUCACUAAUAACCACAUGGACCCAUAAUCUCUUAAUUUAACAUGCCUUCCAGGAAUGUGUUAAUAUUUUCCACUUACACAGCCUGUUUUGGUAAUAAGCUCCCCAUAUAAAUGCUCCUUGUAAAUAAUACCUGUCAUCAGAGGGCACUAGUAGUGUAAUCAAUUUAUGGUUUUUUAAAGUAUUCUACAUUUCAUGGAUUUUUUUCUCUUUAAGGAACUGAUCUGUACAAUCAGAGUGGCAUUCAGAUGGGCUUAAUUUAUUUUUAAAAUAAAACAGACUAGCAUCUCAGACACAAAAGGUCACAUAUUUUAUGAUU